UCUUCCCCAAGAUCCAAAACAUAGAGAGCAGAAGCUGCAAAGAAUAUUCCUCCCUUUUUCUCCUCCCAGUUCUGAUGAGACUGGAGAUGCAAAAACCACCACCACCACCUCCUCCUCCUCCUCCAUCUCACCAUCUGGAGGAGGAAGAGGAAGAGGAAGAGGAAGAGGAGGAAGAGAUGGUGGCAGAGGAGGAGAUGGAAAUGGCGUCUCCCGAAUUCGUCAGCUGUGACGGCGCCGCCGCCGGCGGAGGAGGAGGAGGAGGGGAGCAGCAGCUGUUUGUGCCGCCGCUCAACUUCGCGAUGGUCGACCACGGCGUCUUCCGCUCCGGCUUCCCCGGCGUCGACAACUUCGGCUUCCUUCACUCGCUCCGCCUCCGCUCUGUCCUGUGUCUCUGCCCGGAGCCUUACCCGGAGGCGAACAUGGAGUUCCUCCGGGCGAAUGGGAUCAGGUUGUUUCAGUUUGGGAUCGACGGAGCCAAGGAACCAUUUGUGAACAUUCCAGAGGAGACAAUUCGCGAAGCUCUCAAAGUCGUUCUUGAUGUUCGAAAUCACCCGGUGCUUAUUCACUGCAAACGAGGAAAGCAUCGAACCGGUUGUGUGGUAGGAUGUUUGAGAAAGCUUCAGAGGUGGUGCCUCUCUUCAAUAUUUGACGAGUACCAGCGUUUUGCCGCUGCAAAAGCUAGGAUUUCUGAUCAAAGGUUCAUGGAGCUGUUUGACAUCUCGAGCUUAAAACAUUUAUCGGCCACAUUUUCAUGUUCCAAAUGCCCAUAGAUGGUUUAGGGAAAACCGCCUUUUUCGUUAUUAGCGGAGACUUCAAGUUCUAAUGAUAGUCGGGAUCUAUCAAUUCCAUGAACAUUGCAAUAAAAGUAGAGAAGAAUUCUUUUUACUUGCAUACCAUGAUUAUGGAAGAAGAUACUCUAUAGGAUAUACUGUGGCAGUUUUAAAGCCAGCUUAUGUGAGCCUUUUCUUUCAAAUGCAAGUUUGUUUGGGUGUUUAGCCAUUUAUGAAGAAAGUAUGAAGGGAUAGUGCAAUUUGUCGUC